CCGCCCCCCGUUUCUCGCUGUUUUACCCGGGAUACUGCAGUCGUUCCGGAGAUGCUUUCAUCGAACUAAAUUCUUAACGACAGCGCGAAAGGAUGACCCGUUACUCCCAGUCCGCAGCUGAAUAUUAUCCAUCUCCCUGUGCAGCAAGAGCUUGACGGUUUUGAGUUCGGCUGAUCCAGUUUUCAGUAAUUCCAGAACAUUCUGAUGGAGGUUUCCAACACCAUUGGAACUUAGCCAAUUUCCCCCCAGUUAAUAGGACCGCAUUGUGUUUUCUUUUUGCUAACUUGUCUCCAUUGACUGGCCUCGCACGGCCGACUGAACACAGCGAAGAUGAUGAAAUACUGGGGCGAGAUUCCUGUUUCUUCCAAUCAGCCCAGCAGGAGCUCCUUUGACCUGCUGCAGCGGGAAUUUCGGACGGUCGAGGUCCAGGACCCGCCACUCCACCAGCCCUCGGCCAACAAGCCUCGGCCCACCACCAUGUUGGAUGUCCCAUCCGAACCCUGCGGCCUGACCAUCCACACCAUCCAGUUGAUGCAGUAUAACAGGCGUCUGCGGAGCCUCAUUGCCACCGCUCAGAGCCAGCAGCAACCCGAGGGGAUAAAGAGCGAAGAGAUGGAGCCACUUCUCCUGCCUAGCUUACCGCCUGUCCCAGACGAGCUGUUGCCCACAGAAAGCGCGACGCCCAAACUAUCCUUCCAGCUGAAACACAGCGACCCAGAGAGCGACUUCUACAGAGGGAAAGGCGAACCGGUGACAGAGUUAAGCUGGACGUCUUGCAGGCAGCUCCUGUACCAGUCUGUGGCCACCAUCCUGGCCCACGCUGGCUUCGAAUCAGCCAACGAAAGCGUCCUGGAGACGCUGACGGACAUCGCCAGCGACUACUACUUCAAGUUCACCCGGCUCCUGCGGUUUGCCACUGAUCGGGAGGCCCGGGUUGGGCAGACACCGUUCCAGGAUGUGAUGGAGCAGGUGUUUCAUGAGGUGGGCAUCGGCAGCGUGCUCUCUCUGCAGAAAUACUGGCAGCACCGCAUCAAGGACUAUCACAGCUACGUGCUUCAGGUGAGCAAGCAGCUCGCUGAGGAGUAUGAAAAACUCGUCAGUCCGGAGAAAACCUCCAUGGAAGAUGCGAAGCCGCUGAAAAUCAAGGAAGAACCCAUCAGCGACAUUACGUUCCCCAUCAACGAGGAGAACGAGAGCGAUCCAUCUGCGGGUGACCAGGCCCUUCAACUCGGUGUCCUCGCUCAGACUCAUGAACGGUUUGAAGUUGAUGCAUCCCCUCAGACUUCAGGCCCAGAAGUGAGCAGCUCUCCCCUGUGGAACCUCACUCAGGUUAAAAUGGAGCCUCAGGAGAGCGAGGAAGGUAAUGUGCCUCCACAUGGCGUCUUGGGAAAUGAUGUCUUCGAGGAGCCCAUGUCCGGCAUGAGUGAAACGGGCAUCCCACAGACUCCCAACACAGCGGGCUCAGACGCCAGCUACGUCUCCCACUCUCCUGACAGCCUGAUGAAUUCUUCGCCCGUUUUCAACCAGCGUCCGAAGAAAAAGAUGAAGAAAAUGUGAAGAUUCCUGGCUGGGGGGGAUGGGGUGGGGAUGGGAAAAAAGACCAUUCUUUUCAACUUGUGUACAAAGCAGUUCUUCAGACAGUCAUGGCAUGGAAGAUGUCACAUUGAUGCUCAGAUCAAUGGCUCCCCUUUGGUCAGUAGAUGCGGCCACUGUCCUAGAGUGAAGCUCAGACAUACUGAUCGGGAAGAUCCCAGGUCGCUGAUCUGUGUUGAAGUACCUGAUCGCAGGUGGCACAGCAGUAUUUGUGGGGUGGUGCCACAAUUAAGUGUCGUCACCCACUGGGUUACGAUAGAGGGGGAGAAAAAGCAUCCAGAGUUUACACUACUGGAUCUGACUCUCCACCUAGUCUGAGCUUGCAAGACCACUUUGUCUUGAAAUUCAAAGAUGGUGCAGAAUUUCAGAAAGUUCUUAAAUCCAGUCUUAAUUUGAA